AUGGAUGACAACCAUAAAAGUCUACUCCCCUUCGUUUUCAAAGCGCUCCCGCUGGGAGCCGUCAAGCCGCAAGGUUGGCUAAGGGAUCAGUUGACUCUGAUGGCGAACGGCCUUGCGGGCCACGAGCUUGACUUCUACCGCGUUGUCCGUGACAGUCGGUGGUUGGGUGGAACCCAAGACUACAGCGAUCUCAACGAGGCUAUGCCCUACUGGUUCAACGGACUGGUUCCGCUCGCUUAUCUAACCCAGGAUAAGAGGCUGCUUGAGCAGGUCCGGAAAGUCGCGAAUUACGUACUUACCCAUCAGCAGGAGGAUGGCUGGCUGGGGCCUGAAACUGUAGUAUCCGAAAGGAACUUUUGGGCUAGGACUCCUAUGUUCUUGGGAUUGGCGCAGAUGGUGGAAGCCCAGCCUGGCGAUGCCGAGGGCCUGGUUUGGCAUCAUGGCGAUAAUUUCAACGAGCAAUGGGGCCGAUCCCGAGCGGCGGAUAUGAUAUUGGCUCUGCAGUGGCUUUACGAGACCGAUCCUAGGGAUAAUGCUGAUAAGAUGUUUGAAUGCAUGGAUUUUUUCAAGAAAGGAGGGCACGACUGGUCUUGGUGGUUCUCUGAGGGAAACUAUAUUAAAGAGACCUUGAUAAGCUGCCGGGGAACGUGA